AUGAAGAAGAGGAGUAAGAAUGGAAGUGUGGAAGAGUACGGAGGUAAAACAGAGGACAUAGGUAUUUUAACUGUUUUGGACAAGAAGAAGUGCCUUGAUUCCUUUCUUAUGAUAGUUGCUUCAAACCCAACCAAAGAGCACCUUCUGGGAUUACUUGGGUCCUUCCAGGAAGUAGUGCUUCAAGAUGUUCCCUACAAUGUACUGUAUUCCUUUAAAAAUGACAGUGACCUGAUGAGACCUGAAGAUCUGAAAAUCAGCCACGAUUUUGACAUUCUGUACGAGGACAAGAUGACAGAUGAAUGCAUCACAAUGGAGUCGGACCUCAGUGAGUUAGAUGAGGACAUGGAAGAACUGUCAGCACCUGAGUUUACGUGUCACUGUUGCUAUGAUGUCCUUGUAGAUCCUACUACACUUAACUGUGGCCAUAGUUUCUGUCGCCAUUGUCUGGCAGAAUGGUUACAUUCCUCUCGACGGAACGAGUGUCCAGAAUGCAGAGAGAGAUGGCAGGGCUUUCCCAGAAUCAACAUCCUCCUUCGGGAUGCAGUGGAGAAGACGUUUCCAGCUAAGAUAAGCAGACGGAGGAGGGUUCUCCAGCGUAACCAGCGGUUCCAUUAUUUUCUCCAGAUAUUCCAACAGUAUGGGCAGGUACUGAAGCAACAAAUUCCUGUAUCAGAAGGCCUACAGCAAGCUAUACUAAACAGCUUUUGUUCUGGAGUCAUGAUGGCAUUGAUCUGCAUGGGGGUUAUAUUGUUGCGAUAUCACUGGAUCAGUGCUGAUUCUAAUUAUGACAUCUUGGUCCAGAAGCCAAUCAACAGGUGGCAAUCCCAUGAUGUCAUUCUGUGGGUGGAGCAUCUGGGUCCCUGGACCAAUCAGUACAGAGAAAUGUUCCACAGAGCACAGAUUAAUGGCAGUUUGUUAGCUCAUCUCAGAGACGAAGAACUGUCUGCUUCUCCAUUCAAUGUUAAGAAUCCAUCACACAGACAGGUCAUACUGGAGGAAAUCCAGAAAAUCAAAGAGCUCAAAGUCAAACUACCACAAAACCUCUGGGAGUACAAGGCUGCAAAUUUAGGAAAAUCACUGUUUCUCCAGUUUGGUCUGAGAGAAUUUCCACGUCUCACUUUUCUCUACUUGUACCUGUUUGAUUAUGAAGACACCUUUCUACCCUUCAUACACACCUGCUGUCCUGCACACAUAACUAAUGCAAUGCAGGAUAUCCCACCUGACAACAUACUGCAGGAGCCAAGCCAACUUCAGUGGGUGAAGUUUCGUGUGAAGGUUUUUCUGAUGCCCUAUGUGCUACUGAUUGACUUUGCUUGGCAAUGGCUGAGCGUUCAUUACUGGAUAUCAUGGAUUGUCAUUGACCAGCGCCCCUCUGCCAUCGCGAGCGACCUGGUCUCGUUUGGGGGAUUGGAUGAUGAGCCGCUUGAUGACCGUAUGUCCCUAGCAGCCUCGGACGAUGUGGAUUGGUCGGGCUCCGUUGCUGACCCCGCCCCCUUGCCGUCUGUGGAGCCGAUCGACGCCAGGGUUGGUAUGGACACCGAGCUCAUCCAUGUCCUAUCAAAAGCCGUAGAGGAGGAGCUUGGAUUGGAGUGGUCUUCACCUAAAGAGCCCACUCGCAGUCGCCUGAACGAGUGGUUUCUGCUGGGAUGCCACCAGACCCCUCCUCAGCAAGCUGCACCCUUCUUUCCAGAGGUUAACGACGAGCUGACGAAGUCGUGGCGUGCCCCCUACUCAGCGCGUUUACGCUCCUUUGCCUCUCCCGCCCUCACUACGGUCGACAGCGCUGCGCAGAAGGGCUACGAUAAGCUGCCUCCUCCGGACGAAGCGGUGGCUGCACACCUCUGCACCCCCGCGGCCAUCGGAUGGAAGACAAAGGCUGCUCAUCCUUCUAAGCCCUGUCAAACGACUUCAGCCCUCGCUGGUCGUGCUUACACCUCGGCAGUCUUUCCCGCUGGCCUUUUCGAACCUGCUGUGGAAGGGUUCACCAAGCAUUUCACGGCUGCACAGAAGUCGUCCCAAGCCAUACGACACUUCCUGCCGAAGCAUUCCAGUUCUGCAGCUGCUGCCAGUCGCCCCAAGCCUGCACCGACUCAACAGCCAGCCAAGACCACGCCUCCUGCUGCUCAGCCCUCUGCACGGCCUGAGCCCAGGCAGCGCUCGCGGUCUGCAAAGCGCUAUCCUUUCCCGAAGCGCCAGGGACCCCGGCCCAAGAUUGUGCCGGACCCUACGCCUCAGAAGCCGUCCUGA